AUGUACGUGUUUUGAGUUCUAUUAAUGCGGUGGCUGGGAAUCACAAUUUUAUUUCUGGAUCGCGUAAGGUGGUCAUGUACAUUUGAGUGUUUUGGGAGUUCUUUCUUUCCAUGAACGUAGAGGAGACACUCGAGCAUGUAGCAGCAUGGGACGGUAAGUACUUUGUACUUUUUGAACAGCGAUCUGCAACUUGUCAUUUGAUUAACUCCGGCUAUCAAUCUUAUCGCUUUCUUCUGUUUCAGAAAGACCCUGAGUGCAUCCGACGACGCACCCCAGAGGAUAAUACCAUAGGUCAUUCGUCCAUGGAACUGAGCGUGAUAGGUGAGGAGUGCUUCGUUUUCUGGAAGCACUGGUUGAAUGUAUCAGUCACUACCUUAUGGAAACCAUUACACGAUAACGGAGCCGACAUAUUUCUGAUGAAUUCCCAGUCUACAUUCUUCAAUCGCUCUCGAAAAUGGGAUUUCCGUCGUCUGUAAUUCCAAUCUUUGUGCCAGAUGAUCUGAAAGAUGGUGAUUCACCGUGAAUGCUUGAUAUGUUGAAGACCUCAUAUUCGUGAAAAAAUUGUCGAUACAGCUGCUCGAUCUCAGUGUUACACGUGAUGCCUCCUUGAAUACAAUAUGUAAUCCAAAUGAUAUGACUAAUUCCUGCAAUUUUAAUUUCGCAUUAUUCAUUUCAUCGAAGUUUAUAUUAAAAUCGCCAGCGAUUACAACAUUUUGAUGUGGAUUUUUGAAGACUAUGUUCAAUGCUGUUUCUAGACGUUGCAUGAACAAAUCAUAAUCUCCAUGAGGAGGCCUAUAGAUACACAAAUAAUUUGUUUUUGUGGUCUUUUCUAGAACGCCACAAAUUUCUAUAUUUUUUUCGAUAGAUAGUUCAUUUAUUUCUGUAAUCGCUCUGCCGAGAAAGUCUUUUCUUGUUAGUAUCAGACUU